AUGAAGGUCUCGGGGCUUAUAAUUUUAUCAUUUAUUUUGGUGCAAGGAGUUUACUGUUACUGUCCGUCGUUGUGUACAUGUAAAGGGAAUAAGGCAGCUGAAGGGGCGUUAGCGGAGCCCCAGGCGGGCGAGCUGCUGCGCCUCAAGUGUGGUGGCAGCCCGGCACAGUUUACUGAACUCAAGGAGAUAGACUUGACGAAGCUAUGGACUACAGUAGUAAGCUUAGAUUUAUCUGGAAAUGCUAUUUCGACAUUGUCUAGAGAGCUGUACCUGCCUAAUUUACAAAAACUGGAUUUAAGCAGAAACCAGAUAUCUUUAAUAGAGUCUGAUGCGUUCUACAACAUGACAUCAAUCCAGCGGCUAGACCUGUCGCAUAAUCAAAUCAGCAAUGUGUACAAGGAGAUGUUUAAGGGGCUCACAAACUUGGAGAGGUUGAUUUUGUCACACAAUCACAUAUCUGCCAUGUCUGCUGGGACUUUUGACCAUCUUGUUGGACUAAAGCAAUUGGAUAUAACAGACAACCCUUUGGUUUGCGAUUGCGAUCUUCUCUGGGUCGGUGAUUGGUCUCGAAACACAAGCGUCAAACUAGUCGGGACCCCAAAAUGCGCCUUCCCAGAAAACCUGGUCAACAAAAGCGUCAGAAAACUCAAGAUCUUCCUCGAUUUAUCUGCCUGCGGGAGUGUUCUCUCAUCAAACACUUUAAUAGUAAAACCAUCACAUGACCAAGUUGUUUUCGUAGGAGACACCCUCACCCUAUCUUGUAACGCACCCUUUGCGUCAGUGAUGGCAAAGUACGAACUAAGAUGGGUCCAUCCAAUGCUUGAAAUAUGUGUCGUGAAUAUCACAAACACGGACAUGCAAGAAGAAGGCCUCGCUGAGACUACGAUACAUUUUCCAAAUAUAACACAGCAUGACAUGGGAAAUUGGACUUGCAUGUACAGUGAUCAAAAUCAUAUAAGGCAUAAUCACACCGUUGAAAUACUGGUUUUAUCAAAUAAUACAAAAUAUUGUAACACAACAUAUGCAGUGAAUAAUAAAGGGUUGUACUCAUGGCCUCAAUUGUUGGUGAAUCACACAGCAACAGUGCCAUGUAGAAGCGGUGAAGGAUUUGCCCGGCGAUUCUGUUAUUUGCAAGAUGGGAAUGCAACGUGGAGUCAACCGGAUACCAAUGAAUGUUCAUACAUAAGUAAUGUGACUAAAUUGCUUCAACAGUUUGCGCUAUUGAAUGUAAGUUUGGUUCAGUAUUCUGCUGUGAAUGCUACUGAAAGACUUGCCAUGCUGAUACAAGAGAAAACUUAUCCGUUGGCUGAGAUUGUUGAUCCGGAUGAUGUCAUGUUUAUAUCCAAAGCUAUACGGAAUUAUAUGCAGUACAUUGCUGAUGAAAAAGCCUUGGGCCCCGCAUUAUUGGACGUGAUAAGCUCCACGAUGAACAUAAGCAUGCCAGUUCUGUCUCGUGCUGAAUCUAUGUACGGCGCCUGCACGGAUAUGGUGCAGGCUGCUGAAGAAAUAUCCGCUCAUAUUGCUAAUAUACACGGACAAAAGUCGAAGCUAGCCGUGGAGCGGUUCCGCGUGUCGGAGGGGUUCAGCGGCACCACGUGCGUGUGGUACAGCGUGAGCCGCGGCGCGGCCCCGCGCCUGCACUGCACCACCACCAACCGCACCGUGGCGCCGCUGCUCACCGUCACCGACGCCUACAUACACGCCAGCGUGCAGAUACCGCAAUCCUUACUCUACAGCUCCACAGACUCCGGUGUAUUACUCCAGAGUCACCCACACGACCUGGUGAUAUCAGUGUACGAGGACGCGUCUCUGUUCCCUUUGCUGCCAGUGAUGGACAACGACCGGCUGACUGGUCACAGGACCAAGGAUUACUACGGCAGGAGUACGAAGAGAGAAGACAUGAAUAUGGAAAUAACGUCACCCGUUGUUGGAUUUCAGUUGAAGAACGUGUCUUUGCGAGGCGCCCUGUUGGAGCCCAUCAUAGCGACGGUGCGCGCGCGAUCUGUGGGGGGAGUGGAGGGGCGCGCCGCGCUCUGGGACCCGCGCACGCGCAGCUGGCAGGACAACUCGACAGGUACGUGCUCUGUACAUAGCGAGGGGGGGGAGUGGAGGGGCGCGCCGCGCUCUGGGACCCGCGCACGCGCAGCUGGCAGGACAACUCGACAGGUACGUGCUCUGUACAUAGCGAGGGGGGGGGAGUGGAGGGGCGCGCCGCGCUCUGGGACCCGCGCACGCGCAGCUGGCAGGACAACUCGACAGGUACGUGCUCUGUACAUAGCGAGGGGGGGGAGUGGAGGGGCGCGCCGCGCUCUGGGACCCGCGCACGCGCAGCUGGCAGGACAACUCGACAGGUACGUGCUCUGUACAUAUCGAGGGGGGGGAGUGGAGGGGCGCGCCGCGCUCUGGGACCCGCGCACGCGCAGCUGGCAGGACAACUCGACAGGUACGUGCUCUGUACAUAGCGAGGGGGGGGAGUGGAGGGGCGCGCCGCGCUCUGGGACCCGCGCACGCGCAGCUGGCAGGACAACUCGACAGCGAUGGGGGGGAGUGGAGGGGCGCGCCGCGCUCUGGGACCCGCGCACGCGCAGCUGGCAGGACAACUCGACAGGUACGUGCUCUGUACAUACCGUUGGAUGGGAGUGGAGGGGCGCGCCGCGCUCUGGGACCCGCGCACGCGCAGCUGGCAGGACAACUCGACAGGUACGUGCUCUGUACAUAGCGAGGGGGGGGAAUGGAGGGGCGCGCCGCGCUCUGGGACCCGCGCACGCGCAGCUGGCAGGACAACUCGACAGACUGCAAAAUAUCGCACGUGAUAUCAGAAAUGAUUAUCAUGAGCUGUUCACGGCUGGCCUACGUGGGACUUCUUCAAAGCGUCGAAACUGGCAUUUACGGCGCCAGGACCGAUGGCGCAAGGUUCAAGGUAUCCCACCCGGCCGUCUAUGUAGGCAGUUUGAUCCUCAUCGGAUGCGUCAGCUGCGCCACACUGACAUACAUCAUGUGUUAUCCAGCCAUCCAAAUGGCGAAGAAAACUAA